CCUUGUCCCAUUUCCCACGGGAAACCAGGUUCAAAACCUCGCUGGGGGGACCGGGAAGUGGAAAUCUCAUGAAUUCCCAAUCCCAAAUGAGAACUGACCGGCUCGCAUGCUUUCCACGUUCUGUAUUUGGCGGUUGCCUUCUUCUCCACCGAGUGUAUCAACCCAUUCCAUUGCAUGUCCUUCACCCAUCCCCAGGUCCACCCAUUGCUGCCUCCCUGUCGAGCGAGACCGUUCCCCCAUCUAACCAUUCCAGCCCAUCAUGCGUCUCCUCUCCCUCCUCGCACUCAUCUGCGCCAUCGUCCUCGCCGUCCUGAGCGGCACUGAAACACGUGCCAACCCGGACGUCACUCACAAGGUCUACUUUGACAUCAAGCAUGGCGACAAGGAUGUAGGGCGCAUCGUCAUGGGCCUCUACGGCAAGGUCGUUCCCAAGACCACCGAGAACUUCAGGGCCCUCGCCACCGGUGAGAAGGGGUUUGGAUACCAGGGCUCGGCCUUCCACCGUGUCAUUGCCAACUUUAUGAUCCAAGGAGGCGACUUUACCUCCGGUGACGGCCGGGGCGGCAAAUCUAUCUACGGUCCCCGCUUCGAAGAUGAGAACUUUGACCUCAAGCACGAAGGCCCGGGUACGCUGUCCAUGGCCAACGCCGGCCCGGGCACGAACGGCUCGCAGUUCUUCCUCUGUACCGUUAAGACCAGCUGGCUCGAUGGCCGCCACGUCGUCUUUGGCCGUGUACUUGAAGGAAUGGAUGUCGUUUCGUACAUCGAAAAGGUCCCCACCGGCCCGCAGGACAGGCCAAAGGAGAAGGUCCUCAUCGUCAAGUCCGGCGAGCUCCCAGCCGAUGCAGGUGCCAAGGAGGUGAGAGACGAGCUGUGAAGAUCCCAAGUCACAAGGCAAAGGUCGCUCUCCCUCUCCCAUUGACGCCAAAAAUCCAGUCCUGAAUGGCGCGCAUGCGUACAUGCGCGCUGCUUGCUUGACAUCUUCGUACUUUGUAACAAAGAGAAGCAUUCUGCAAUCGAAAAUAAAAUACAGUGGACAUGCA